GCCAGCUCGCGCGGGGGCUGAUCUGAGCCCGCUCCGGUUGGCCCGAGGCGGCCCCGCCCCCACUGGAGCCAUUCCACUUGCCAUCCUUCCCCCACACGACCCUGUCCUCUUGCCAGUUUGACUGUUGGCCCGGCUUGGCUUGGCUUUCGGCCUGCUUGUCGAUCCGCACCUGCCCGAUGUCCUCCCCGCCGCCUUUCCGGUUUCCCCCUUCACACCGGGGGCCACCGCGCGGCCCCGGGCAGCCGUCGCCCUUCCCGAGCGGCCGGUCGAACUCCACCCCGGCCGACCCGGCCGAGGCUGUCCGCCUGACCAAUGACGAUGCGCAAUUCAGCAAACUGUGCGUCCUUCCUCGGCGACCGAGGGCGCUUGUGCCGGCUUGCCUGUGGCCCUCAUGCCGGCCCGGAUGCUGACCGUUCGCCAUGGCCCUCUCCCCGUGCUCCUGGUCCCUGGCUGAAGGUCCGCCAUGCGCUCUGGCUACUUCAUUGACGACUACUUGCCCUUUUUCAUGCAGCCGCUGUCCGGCGAUGCCGGCCCCGAGGCGGUGAUCUCGACGGCCGAGGGGUCGGCUCGGAUCGACCCCGGGUGCGUCCACUCGCGCCUCACCCGGCCGGCAUUUGCCUUGCGGCAGGUGGCCUACCCGGACCGGCGUCCGCCGGUCAUCAACCGCGGGACGUACAUCCGUGUGAGGCUCUUCGACUGGGCCGUUGAGGCUUUUCUCCGGCAGCCGGGCGUCGGCCCGGGGUCUCUUCAAGUGGUCAGCAUCGGCGCCGGCUUUGACACCCGGCCCUUCUACCUGUCGGCUGGUGCCCGGGAAAACCUCCGCACCUACGUGGAGGUGGACUUCCCGGAGGUGGUCGCGCGCAAGAUGGCCGCCAUGCAGCAGGCCGACCACUUUGCCCAAACCCAGGGCCUGGACUUGCCCUUUGCCUCGGUCUAUGGUCCGCUUCACGCGUCUGCCGCUGAUGGCGACCUGCCAUUGAGCUUGACUUCCGAGAAGUAUGCCCUGGUGGCGGCGGAUGCCGCGGACACGGCGGCCCUUGGACGUGCCCUUUUCGACGUGGCACGUCUCGAUCGCCACCGGCCGACCCUCUUCCUGUUCGAGUGUGUCAUGGUGUACAUCCGCCCGGCCGCGGCGGAUGGCUUGUUUGCCUGGCUGGUGGCCCCCGACACUGGGUUCAGCUCGGUGGGCAUGCUGCUCUUCGAGAUGAUCGGCGGCGGGGACCACUUUGGCGAGAUGAUGGUGAAGAAUUUGAAGUCUCGCAACAUUCAACUGCCCGGGCUGCUGGAUGACCUUGGGGCACAUCGGGCGCGCCUCCAGCGGGCCGGCUUCCUCCAGACCCCGAGCCGUCGGACUGGCUUUGCCGGGUUCAACCUGCACGAGUUGUUCGCACGGGUGGUCUCCCGAGCGGAGCUCCGCCGGUUGAAUACCCUCGAGCCAUUGGACGAGGUGGAGGAGUGGGCCCUCCUCAUGUCGCACUAUGUCAUGUACUGCGGGUAUUCCGAGGCGGAGGCGGCCGGUGCCAAGUCCGCCACGCAGCAGGUCGCCCACCCGUGGGAGGCCUUCCAGCAGCGGUGCUUCGCCCAAGGGUGCCUGGAAUCGCGCAGCAUCGACCGAGCGGCGGCCGAUCCGGCCCUCGGUCCCAUUCCGGGCGGGCGUCUCCCGGACGGCGGCCGGACCGGCGGCCGCCUGUCCUUCCGGGCCCCGUCGCCGCCGUGAAGGGGUCCCCGUGUGCGGGGAUGGAUUUUUGGGCGCGACGCGCGAGCGCGCCCAUAACACGCUCCGGCAGGCAAUAACACCCGAGCUGCCACCGCACCCCAGGUUCCC